UUCACACAGAUUGGUAGGUGAGAGUGGCUUCAGCUCUGGCAGGUAUGAUAUCUAAGAAGAACUUCUUUGGAUUCAAUUUAAAGCACUCCGCGUCUUGACGCCCACAAAAUCCGGACUUCACGCAUAAAGCAAAUUGGAUAGGUCUUAUACAAAGAGGAAAAUUCAUCAAACAGCAAGACGUUGGAGGUAUUGUGUGGAAGCCACUAUGACAUGAAACAUCUCCAGAUGUCCACUGAUGCAGAGGGGAGAACGCGCUCUCCUCUUUCUGCUGAGGAGGAGCUGGGGUCGGAUGGAGACUGCGUGGCGCACAGCCCUCCACCUGUUACUCCAUGUACCAGCAACAAGUCCAAGCCGUACACACGGAGACCCAAACCCCCUUUCUCGUACAUCGCUCUCAUCGCCAUGGCUAUCCAGGACUCCUCUUCUGGACGUCUGACUUUGGCGGAAAUAAACGACUAUCUGAUGAAAAGGUUUCCGUUCUUCAGAGGCAGCUACACCGGCUGGAGGAACUCGGUUAGGCACAACCUGUCUCUGAAUGAGUGUUUUCUCAAAGUGCUCCGGGACCCGUCCAGACCUUGGGGAAAGGACAAUUACUGGAUUCUCAAUCCUCACAGCGAAUACACUUUUGCUGAUGGGGUUUUCCGGCGCAGAAGAAAGUGCAUCGGUGAUAAAAAGUUCAACAAGGAGCCAGAAGUGUCCGAGGAGCCGCAGAGCCUUCCACAGACUGCACCCGCCACCAAGACCGAUUCAUGUGUCAAGUUUACGAGUUCAUUUGCGAUAGACAGCAUCCUGAGCAGACCGUUCAAGAGGGACUCAAACAAAGAACAUUUAGCCCUCGCGCCUGCCUUCAGCUGGCCGCGCUACGGUGAACUCAUGAUGCCUCAUUCAAAUACACCUGCCUCAUUUUCACACGUCAAGCCAGCCUGCUACAUGGACUCCUGUGCUGCGCAUGUGUCAAACGCCUAUGGCUGUGGGCUGCUUUCACACACAGUCUUGCAAUAUCAGAACAGAAUGUCUAACAUUUCAUUAUUAUAAGUCAUCAAUGAUGGGAAUUCAAUUGGACUUCAUUGUGGUUGCAAGGUGUUAUUUGUAUAUACUUCUUAAAGCAAUAACAGAUUUUAUGUUUUAUGGACAAAUGUUUGUUUUAAAUGUUACUGAACGGACCAUUGACGUUGUUUGUCUCAAUGCCAUGUUAAAAUAU